CAAAUCUAGUUUCCAUAGGUACCAUUACGUAGUGACAGGAACGGGAAGUGACAGCUAAUGCUUAGUUCUAGUUGUGUAAUCUAAAUAAACAACCGAAUGAGUAUCUGAAAUAACAGUUGAAUUGAACAUAUUUUAGAUAUGGGAGGAACAACGAGUCAGUUACCGAAGGACCUGCUCUCAGAAUACCAGGAGCUUACUUUUCUAACAAAACAAGAAAUUUUGCUGGCUCACAAAAGAUUCAGUGACUUUACAAGAGAGGGCAGAAAUUCACCUUCCCCCAGAGUACCCAUGGAGAAAAUUCUCACACUGCCAGAACUUAAGUCCAAUCCUUUCCGGGAAAGGAUCUGUCAAGUCUUCUCCACCUCUGAUGUGAAAGAUGGAAGUCUCACCUUCGAGGACUUCCUGGAUCUCUUGAGUGCCUUCAGUGACUCAGCAACCUUGGAAAUCAAAUCCCACUAUGCCUUCCGUAUCUUCGAUUUUGAUGACGACGGGACCCUGGAUGGAGGGGACCUGGAGAAGCUGGUGAACUGUCUUACAGGUGAUACAGAUGACACACGGCUCACUCAGGAAGAGAUGAGACAGCUAAUUUCCAACAUUCUGGAAGAGUCAGACAUCGACAAAGAUGGAACGGUGAACCUCUCUGAAUUCCAGCACGUCAUCUCCAGGUCUCCAGACUUUGUCAGUUCUUUCAAGAUUGUGUUGUGAAUUUUAACACCAGCAUUUUAUCCUUCAUAUAUGGUUUUAAACAUGGUGGUGCCUUUGAACAAAUUAUUUUGCCUGAUGGUUUUCUAUUAUGGGAUCUAUCAUUUUUAACUUUGUAUGCAAUAUCUUUGUAAAUCUGUGCAAUAAAACAACUUUCUACACUGUGAAAACAAA